AAGGUGGGCAACGACUAGGGUGUGCGGAUGGGGGCGGUUGAGGAGGCAGAGGAAUAGGAAUUAAGAGAUGCUCUGGGGAGAUAGGAAAAGAGCAGUGCCUGGGAUGGGGAAGAUCUAGGAAGAGUGGGAGGCAGCCGGGAAUGUGAGUGGAUAUCCUGGGGCAGGAAAGGCCAGAGUUAGGAGCAGAUGCCGGGGGACAUGGCCUGUGUGGCAGAUGGGGUGUAGGGGUGAACGGAUCUGCUUGCUAGAGGGGUGGAUCUGUUUUAUUAUUUAAGAGCUCAGGAUAAAGAGCGCCAAUCCUGCUGCGUUUUUAAUGACUGGGAGGUGGCGUGAAUCAUUUACACUUUGACAGGUUUUGCGGGUGACAUCUCCAGGCUGUGUCCAUCCAAAUCACUUUAUUUCCGUGAAACUGCACCCACCAAGACUGCUGAUGAGAGAGGAAGGAAGAGGAGAAAGAGAGGGAAUGGGGGCAGAGAAAAGGAAAGCCUCUGCCCGGAUUCAAGCUUUUUGUGAAAUGAAACACAUAGGGUUUUUGAAUAAAGCAGAAAAGAAGCCAGCAUUUAUUAAACAACAGGUGGUGAAUUCUUAUUCUACUAGGAAGUAGAGAAGUACUUUGUGAGUAAAAAAUAUGCCUCCCAAGUUCAAACGCCACCUAAAUGACGAUGAUGUCACUGGUUCUGUGAAAAGUGAAAGGAGAAAUCUUUUGGAAGAUGAUUCAGAUGAAGAAGAGGACUUUUUUCUAAGGGGACCAUCUGGACCAAGAUUUGGACCAAGAAAUGAUAAAAUUAAGCAUGUUCAGAAUCAGGUGGAUGAAGUUAUUGAUGUCAUGCAAGAAAAUAUUACAAAGGUAAUUGAAAGAGGGGAGAGACUAGAUGAACUACAGGACAAAUCAGAAAGUUUAUCGGAUAAUGCAACUGCUUUUAGCAACAGAUCCAAACAACUUCGAAGACAAAUGUGGUGGCGUGGAUGCAAAGUAAAAGCCAUUAUGGCUUUGGUUGCUGUUAUCCUUUUGCUAGUGAUUAUCAUUCUUAUAGUUGUGAAAUACCAUGCUUGAUUUGAUGACAGAGAUCUUCAUUAAAUAAGAUCUGGGACAAUAACAAUAAAAGAUUGCUACAUCGUUUAAAUGAAACCUAUGUAUAUAACUUUCAAAACUUCUUUUUCAAGAGACUAAGAGGAGGCAAGUAUCACUUCAAAUUGGAGCAUUGAGAAUGUCCAAUUAUCUUCUUCCCUUCUAACAAAAUGUACUUCUAAUAAUUAUGUUUAAGGCAAAAAUAACCAGCCUCUAUUUUGCCAUAUUCCAAGGAUCUAAUUUGAAACUAGAUACUUGCCAGUUCAUUAUUUGUGUAUAUAGUUAAACACUGAUGAUAUUUCAUACUUUUAUUUUAAUGGCAUAAGAACUUGAAUUACUGCCUCAAGGUGAGAGUCAGGCGGGGGGUCAGGGGGCCUGUGUAGAGUACCAGAUCAUUAUGCUGAAGGAGAUGCAUAACCAUUCUGUUUGCAAGGAGAUCAUUCUUCUCACAUUACUAUUGCUUGGCAAGCAGUUUCUACAUGUUUAUGGGUGUAACAAAAGCUAAAUGUUGUCAAUGUUGCUGCCUUCAGGUAUAACUAAAAACAUUCCAGUAAACCUAUUUUUUUACCAUAUAAGGGAAUGUAUAGUAAUAUUUUGGCAUUUGGAUUAUGGAAAUGGGAAAUAUGAACAGUGUGAAAAUCAUAGUAUAUCACCAUAAAACUGGAGAUAAUAAAAUUAUUGGAGAACGUCAUUGGAGUGUUUGAAAAUGAUCAAUAUAUAGCUGCAAAUCAUGGUCCAGUCUGUUUUCAGUUAACCUCCAGUAAGGCGGGACCAGUGAUAAUGUGAGUAGAUGAAAUCCACAGGUAAUUUAUUCCCUAUUUUUAUUUUCAUUAAUAGCUUCCCUUAACUCCAACUAGCCCUUUAACCAGAAGUGCUAAAAGUGACAAAAUUAUCUGCCUUGAAUCGAUACCUUUGCGUUCCCUUGAUCAUUUUCUGGGUGAUGCAUGUUGUACAAUAAAGUGUCGAAUCAGCCAACAACAGUGAGUAAUAAGUCAGGAGCCUAGGUAAUCUGUGUACAGAGUAAUCAGUCAGUAACUAGAUGCUGGAGGGGCAUCAUUAAUCUUGACUUGUUUUUGUAAUGAUAAGAUGUAUUGUUAACUUUAAAGUGUGCCAGCCUCCUUGUGUUGUUCAAGCAAAUCAUUGUGAAAAUACAUAGUCCAAUAAUCAUGUGUGUGGGGAGGAAGCUUUAUAAUAAAAUUGGAUAUUUUUCAGAAACUUACGUACCUGGACAUCUUGAGAGUGUAUACUCUCUAAGGAGUUUUAUAAACUCCCUAAAUUUGAUUUAAAUAGGAAAAAAAUGGUUCUGUAUAGGUUUUUAAUUUUUUUUUUUUUUUUGGUCAUUUUAAUUCAAAAUGUUUGAAACAUAGAAUCUGUUUAUGGUUUUUUUAUUUGUUUUGUUUUAAAUUCUGCAGGAUUACUACUAAGAGACAAAAUGUUCUGUUUAGAAUGGAAAGAAAUUUGAAAGGAGAGAGCAGAUUAAGAGACACUCAAGACACCUGCAAGUUAUGAAGAUCUAAAUAUAGUGGUUAAAUUUUAUAGUUUGUUAAGAGUGUUAAAAAAAGAGAUAAAGGUCUUACAUACUGUGGAGUGUUGUCUCUAGUCUUUCCACUCUUUGUAGAUUCAACUAAUGUAAACAGCUUCUGGGCUCUAGUAAAUCCUGUGAGAAAAUGGGAGACCCAAGAAAAUGAACAGUGUUAGAAUUGUUGUAGCUAAUAGUUUUAACUGCAGUGGAAAUCUUUUAACUGAGUGGGCAGAGUCAGUCCUGAUCUAUGUAUAUAUGUCCUUUAUUUGGGAUUGGCACUGGAAUCAUAAGUGGCUAAUAUCCCAUUAGUUGGUAUAGAAAUCUGAUUUCUCCAGAAUAUCAGUCAGUGAAGAUGAGGAAUAUUUCUGAAAAACAGUAUCAGCCAGAAUCCGCAUUUCCAUUGUUUCUUUUAAUAAAGUACACCACUUUUAAAGAAAUAAUUACAAGAAAUAAAAUUAUUAAAAAUUUUAAUCAUAGAAAAUAAAGAAAAUAUUUAUAUGACAAUAGUGGAUAUACAUAAUUCUAUUUGUGUUUAAAUAUACUGCUGCUGAGAUUACUGGUGGCAGACCUGUUACUCUGUCAGAACUUUGCAGUAGGGGUGGUUUGAUUCACAGUUUAUCAUUUCAUCUUUCUUGGUCUUGAUUAAUCCUGAGAUAGUUAAAAUGGCUAGCAUGUUUGUGACUUUAUUGUGGCAACCUAGGAGAAAAUAAAAACAGAAGAAAAAGUACGUUUUUCAAAUUGAUGCCAGGCCCACCUUCCUUCUCUCCCUUAAUCAUUCUUUUUCUCACUCAGCUCAGAUCAUCCUGCACUUGAGAAACGAAGCUUUACCACCAUCAAAACUAUCAUUAUUUAACAACAAUGAAGGUCAGCAAAAAAAUUGAAGUAGCUUUGCGAAUACUAGUUGAUACCUGGUGAAAUCAGGUCAUUCUGUUUUCAUAAUGCCUGAAACGGACACUUGAAGCCUAUUACCCUGCAGCAAUUUUAUGAUUAUAAUGCUGAUUAAUUGACUCCUCCUGACUAUAACUCAGUGAUACCUGUGGUCUUUUGGUUCUUAUAUCCUAGCAAAGCUCACUGGAAAUUGUCCUUCGAUUGUGUAAACUGAGGGAUUUCUGGAUUAAAGGAAAGUUCAGUAUUGAAAAUGGAACAUUAUCUAAAAUGAAGGAAGAAUAUUUAGCACACAUCAGAUAUAGAAAUAUUUUGUGCUCGUUCUCCUGUAGAUUGCUGAUUAUUAUAGUCUUUCUGUUCAAUUACUCUACAUUAGAAAAACUUCAGCAUUUUUGAUAGCAAAAGCUGGCAUCUUUCAUCUCUGUAUAGUAUGUGGAUACCCUGAAAAUGAUACAUGUACAGACUGAAGAGGCAAGAAUAAAAAGAAAUUGAAAUCUUUCAUUGCCAAUAUACUCUUAACCAUGCUUGAUGCCCUUUCAGCAUUGUUGCGCAUGCUGACUCUCUGCAUCACGUCUGUAUAUACAGUGUGAUUAGAAUGUAUGCAAGAAACUGUUUUUUACGUUGAGACUGAAUGCCAUUAGAUGUCCCUAACUGCACUGAGUCAGAGAAUUACUAAGUCCAAGAUAAUUCACUGUUCUGUUAGUCAGUUCUGUGUUUUCACAUGGAGAGGUGACUGGAGUCAACUUUAUUUUUCUGUGAGAAGUAAGAGCAUGAAUCAAUCAGAAAGCAUUCAUACAUUUAUAUUAGAAUGCAGUGUAGUGCUUACAUUUGUGCAGGAAAUUGCUACAAAGUCAUGUAAGGAUACUAUGUGUCAUGAGGAACAGGAGGUGCCCAGCUUCUCAGUCUGUCCAUGAUUGCCUUUUCCACGUUAUAGGUGAAUGGCACCAUUCCUUCGACUGGUGUAGGGCUUGGGUCUUCUUUAUAAGUUUGAUGUUGGUCUUACUCUGACUUUUUUUUGGAAAUCAAGUAGAAAAAGGGGCAGGGGACUGCAAACUCUUAUUCUGCUUCCUGCUUUAUUCUGAGAAGCUGCUUGGAACAAGUGAAUAGGAAUUAGAAGGAAAGCCUGACAGACCCAAGUAAAGGGGAGUAAAUGUAAACUUGAUCUUGUGAAAGCAAGGACCACACCAUGUUUCUGUGUCUCCCCAGCACAAAGCUGUGCACCUGGCAGGUGCUAGAUAAGUGUGUGUUGAAUGAAUGUUUAAAGAAUGGAUGUGCCUAGGAAGUCACAAAGAUGGCAGUAUGCUAGCAUGUAAGUGAGAGUUGUCUUCCAUGGUGCUCACUUAAGAGGUGACGUGAUUGACAUAUAGUGGGGCCUUUAGCAUUUACCAGGAGAUACUAGUGCCAUUCUAUAAUCAUUGAAUAUAGAAGAAUCCUGGUUUUAGAGUAUUCCAUUAGGUUCUUUGGGGAGCCCUACUGGCGCAGUGGUUAAAGCACUCACUUGCUAACUGAAAGGUUGAUGGUUUGAACCUACCAGCUGCUCUGCAGGAGAAAGAUGUAGCAGUCUGUUUCUGUAAAGAUUACAGCCUUGGAAACCGUAUGGGGCAGUUCUACUCUGUCCUGCAGGGUCGAUAUGAGUCGGAAUCGGCAAUGGGUUUAUUAGGUUCUUUACAUUUGAAGAGUGUUGAAAUCAAGUUAUCUAUUAGCUGUUUUAAGGCUACAAAGUAAAUAGCAUAAAUCAGCAGAGAUUUUGGUCAGUAAAAUGUAAGAAGUCAAACUGUAAGAGAAUUCAAGCACUUUGUUUUUUUGCCUUAGUAUAUGUAUUAUUCUACAUACCACACUCCUUUAUUUAACCAUUUUGAUAAGUGCCUUUGAUGUUUGAAGAUGUAUGAUGCGAGAUGAACUAAUGUAAAUGUCGUGUGCCCUGUUCUCUAGCUUCUCAACUGUUCAUAACCAUUUUUACCAGUGUUUCAAAGUUUAGUCCUUUGUUUUCAUAUCAGAUAUAUAUUUGUAGCCCCUCCAUAGCGAACAGUAAAAUAAACUGUUUCAUAGAAAACAAAAAUUAAGCACUUUGGCUUAUUCAGUAUGUGUUACCUGUUGCCUUAACUUCAAAGCAUAGCUUAUUGAAAAUAAAUCUGCCCAGUAAUCCCUAAUUUAAUCAUCCCUGUUUGCCAAUAAAGUACACAGAAGAAAAAAAGAAAUUGUUUUACCAAAAACUAUACCCCACACAUAACCUAUUGACAGAAUCUGUUGACAGGAGGAAUUCCUAAGUAUAAAAUCAGAGUCAUAAUGUGGAGAAAACAAUUGGUGGAGAAUGCUCAUGUUUUAUGUCAGUGCCGCCCACUUGAAAGAGGAAGGUAAUUUCUUGGCUCAUGGAUUCAGACUCAUAUGUCUCAGUCUGAAAGCUUGGCACCCCUCCCUCAGCUGCUGGGGUGCUGCCUUUAGAGGCAGCCAGAGUACUCAUUCUUUCCAACCACUCUCCACCCACACACUAGACUUUGUCUUUUUAAUAGCCAGAAAAGGUGUGGGAGGGGGAUGAUACUGGGGCAUGCUGUACCCUGAAACAGGUAGUCUUCACAAAUAAAGUGGAAUGGAGAUGGGAAGCAUCCCGAGAAUGAUUGAUAGUAUUUAAUAUAAUUUUACCAUUCAGCAUGUGAGAACCAGGCAGGAAGGUCAGAUCCCACUCACAUCCAGCAGAGUCACACUUAGUAA